GUGGUUAAAGCGAUUGAUUAGAAAUCAAUUCCUCUCUGAGGGCGCACGUUCGAAUCGUGCCAGUGUCGCAUUUUUUGUUUCAUUGUCCCUGACACUGGCUCGAGAGGAAACCAAUUGCUUUGACCACAGUCUCUUGUCUGGCCUCUACCCUCUUGUAGAAUAUCUGUAACCUCCAGUCGGCAUAGCACAUAUAACUAUAAAACACACCAUGUACUAACCUAUAUCUAAUAUUACGAAGUCAUAUGUAGAGCUGGAAUCCUGCUUAGCGGAAUGUCUUGUCGGAAGGGCCCGGCUUCAUCUGAUCCCACGCUGAUCUGUGUUGAUCGUAACAAGCCACGAUGACACUAUUUGAGGGCUUGCCAGACGAGCUGUUAUUGCGCAUCUUUAAGGAUCACGAGCUUCAGCCCCAUGAGCUUCAAGUGAUUUCUUCGUUGUCCAAGAGGAUACGAAGGGCUGCAUUGGAUGAUUCGAUUUGGAGACGGAUCUGUCACGUCAUCAUGUCUGGAUGUUCGCUCCUUGGCGAUGAAGAGGAAGUACAGUUGACAAAAUGGGGAGCACAGAGCUUUUAUGAUCUUUGGGUCUCCUUGUUGCGUCAAUGGUCGCCCUUUAUUGGUUUCUGGGUUGCUUCUCCGUCGCGUGACAUAAUCUACAUCGCGCCAUGCAACACAAGGGGUGCCAUACUGGUGGCUAAUUUGGAUCUGACCAACGCGUUCAAGCCUGAUCCCAAGGACAAUUUAAGGUUCAGAGUAAGAUCAAUAGCUAGAAGCGAAUACCGCUAUCCCCUCUACAUUCAGACUGCAGACAUGUUGAUUCAUGCCACCGAAGAGGACAUAGCGGGCAGCGUUUUCCUGAAUGGUGUAAUUUCCGUCGGCCUAUACAUACCCCACUACAAGGUUCUACGCACGGACUUUUAUGGGCUGCUUCAGCAAGGCGAUGGAUCCGCGGUGGUGCCAUUUUCUCCGACUACAUUUCAAAGGUCGGUCGUUCGCAGCGACUGGAUUGGUGGACUGGGCCGACCUCCUCGGCAACGCGUUUGCCCAGGCUUGAUGCCCUCACCCGCGAUGGCACCCAUCAUUCGCUCACUCGUCCAUACGGGAAAUGAAGUUGAAUUCCCCUGCCUGCAAUGUUGGAACUACAGCAGGCAUAGCAAGUAUAUACCAUUAGGACCCCCCAAAAGGACAGACAUCCAUGCUUCACCAUCAGCCCUAAAUAUCCUCGAUUACCCUUCGAAUCUCAUCGACAGCGGUCUCUUUGCUGGGCCUUAUAAAGACAGCCUUGAACUCUUUUAUAUCACCGUGCGGACACACAGAAAAGGAUUUUCAUAAGGCUUCAGCUUCAAUGGCCCGAGAUCCAGACGGUGCCAUUCCCUUCAACAGUUCCCGCACCCUGCUAGACGACAUCCCACCUGAGUACCACUGGGAGGGCACAUUUGCACAUGAUGAUUCUACGCCUCAUCUGGGACCCUUUUCUCGAGGCUAUUC